CGACGACGACGAAGUCGUCGUCAUUGUUGGCGGCGGUGACUUGGCUUACGGCUGCCUCGGUUCCAGCAUCAACGGCUUCAGCUCUAUUGAGUAAGUGUAGCUGCAGAACGACUCACUCACUAACCCAGCCGUUUUGCCGCAGAUGAAGCGCUCGCGCACACAAUCAUGACACACAGCGGCACGGCCAGCUCGACCGAGAUCUGACAGCGUGUCUCUACUACAAUCCAACCGGUGGCCAGCGAUUCAGUCUCGGUCCCAGAACGGGGUUUCCUUUUUGUCGGGUUCAGACCCGGCCAGAUCCAGGCGAUCGUGUUGCCUACUAAAAGCAGCAGAUCAACCCGCAAGAUCCUUCCGUUGCAAGUGGUUACCACAACCACCGCUGCUGCUGUUGCUGUUGCUGCCGGGAAGAAGUUCCCUUCACCGAGCCGUCAUGCCCAUCGCCACCAACAGCGGGAACACCAAUAGCGACGUCAUGGAGCAGCUGCUACGACUGUGGUCCGCUGCGGCGGAUGCUUGACGCUGCUGCAGCCGAUGGAACUAGUGGUCGUUUGAGAGAACAGCGCAGUAGCAGGAAGAAACGGCAACAUCAGCGGCGGUAGCAAUGGCAGCUGCUGCUGAGAGUGUAACCGGCUGCACUGUUUCACUGAUUGACUGCGACUCGAGCCCUAUCCGUCGCAACAGAAAGUGAAGAAAGUGAGCCCGUUCCAGCGACCACUCGGCUUCUGACCGCGGAGCCCGGCGGAUGUCCGUCAGACACGUCCCACAAGUUCCUGUUUGCCACUGUGCUAUCGUGUACUGCCGCGGUUGCUAUAGCUACUAUGAGUAGUAUUAUACUAGUGCUGGUAUACCGCAUCAUAAACUUCGUACUGCAUUGCGCUGGUUUGCAUAGGAUACUAUAAAGGAUACGUAGAAAGGAAAACGGUGCCCUGUUGUUGUGUCCUACGUCGUGGUCAGCAUCGCUAGACUCUAUUGAGGAGCGCGCAAUAGGACAUAGAUCAACUACCGCUACAGGUCCAGUAGUUGUAGGCACUCGCAUAUUGUACGAUCACAGACGACUGCGAGUGUGGAGUUUCAGGCUUAAAGUCGCGUAUCACAGUUAUUGGAACUCUUUUAGCUGGGCACCUAGCCGCGCUGGAUGGUGACGAGUAUGGAGCGUGUCAGAUCGCCAACUAUUACAUCAGCAGUUAGCGUUAAUUUUCAGCUGGGUAGCCGUGAAUUAGUUGUUCCGGCCAUCUGACAGUAAAUUGCAACCCACACCUGAUUUACCUUUAUACAGAUUGCAUAGAUUUCUUAGAAUCGUAAUUGCUAAAUUCAGUUACCUGUGUGUUGAAAGUGCGGAAGUUAGGACGGUUACAAUAAGGACAACGAAUCGUGAACACAACAUACAAUCGCUGCUGUUUCGAGUGAAGCUGAUUGAAGUGUCUGUUCCGUCCCUGUGAAUGUGCUUGUGCGUGAACGGUGCUAUUUCCCUACGUAAAACUGACCUACUUCGAAUGGUGAACGAGAAGAUUUGAAUUGUGCCUCGUUUCUGCUACGACUUCUACCACGACAAUGACCACAACUGCGACGACAAAGUGAAUGCCAACGCUUGUCAAUGAGAUCGACUAAUGAAAUGAACUGAAUAGGUUGACUUAAGGAAACCGUGACUGGAUAUUAAUGUGCGCGCUCUCACCAUCUGGAUAAUCAAUAGUGUGAAAUCUGUCUCUCGUUACCACAGAGAACAACUCAAGAAGCGUUUUUACUUUUUCGUUAAUCGUCGCACUUCGCUUGACCAGCAGCGACACCUUUGUUUUAAUCUGGGUUUUUGUUCAUUAUUAUCUUCUACAGUCUGAGCAGGCGCAGGGUGCCUUACACUCAUUAAAGGUAACAACAAUUUCACUAGUGAUCGUUUAUGUUCAGAUACAUACGGUAUCGUACGAAGGAGAAGUCACGCGGGGUGAACAACGCUAUUUACGUCUGCAUUUCUCCAGCACCAACAGUCACCAGUCGGUGACCCUUUCAGUGACAGUAGCGAGUCCUGCCUCAUCUGUUACGUCGCCUGUCUUGUGUGAGUCUACUACAACAACGCGCGGUACCGCCUCAUUGCUCUUUCUCCCCACACUUCAGCUCCCUUAAUUGCCCACACUUCGGUCUAGCAGCCGACGCGCAGCAGAAGUCGCCCCGCAGCCAACUAGCACCCUCUGACGGACUGAAGUCUUUCAGCUAAAAACAGCCGACGCAGGACUCAGUAAAAUGUCGUCUGCUCCUUUGCCACAACCGCACAGCGGGCACCCGCACGCUCAUGCUAUCGGGGCGAGUGGUCUGGCCGCCCUUCUAGCGGCGGACCGUGUGGUGAGUCACUUUGGGCAUCUAGCGCAGUUGCCCCUACCCUUGACGGGCCUGCCAACCCUGAAGAGUGGCGAGGCGCUGAACAGAUUGGCGGCCGGUCCCCACAGCGCUCACGGCGCACACGACGGCGGCUCACAUCUCGACUCUAUCUGGCUGCAGUUCGCAAAGAAGGCGGCCGAGCACAAUCAUGAGCUGAACGCCCAACGUUACCGUGACCACCAGCUGCAACAGCGUGAACACCUGGAUAAACAGCUUGAACAGCUCGAACAGCAACUUGAGAACAACACUAACAACAACAGCAACAGCUUCGAGAGGGCCCGGGACUUUUCGACCUCUAGCCCCCUUCCGCUGUCGCUUGUUCAGCCGACGAAGGGCAAACGCGAUUUGCACUUAUCAAACAACAACAAUAACAACAGUGGUAACAACAGCAGUGCCACAGUUAAAUCUUCAUCCGCGUCGACAUCAGCACUGAGCACUUCGUCAUCCGGAGGUAGCUGUGGCGGGGCCUCCUCAGCUAGUGCCCCUGGUGCAAGCACGACGACAGCAAGUUCAUUGUCACCAUCAGCAGCCUUACCUUCGGUGACCACGCCGCUGUCGCUGUCGACGUCCACAAACUCAAACUGCUCAACAGCACCCAGUACAGCCGUGCAGACCAGUGUACAUUCACCACCGACCAGCAACAUGGGCAAGGCCCAGAAUGCUGGCGGUGCAGACGGAACCCCGAAACGCCGAGGUCGCGGCAAAGAACGCCAAUGGACUUUAAUCUGUUACUAUGACAACGAUGCUGAAGCCAAGGGAUUUGUGGCUGCCGAACGUACCUGGGUGAUGCAGAAGAAAACGCAGGUUCAAGAAGGAACCAAAGUGUACUACGAGUGCUCGAAAUACCGCUCCGCCCGCUGUCCAGCAGCUGUGUCUCUACUAUACCAUGCGAAUAGUGACAAAGUGUCUGUGUUUCGAGCGUCUGGUGACCACAAUCAUGCCCCGGUAGAGAAGGGGGUUCGGUCGAAAACGGCGCCUGUUGAACGCUUGGAUUGCUGCCAGAGCGUCGGUAGUGCUGUGGGUGCGGGAGUUAAUAGUGGAGCUGUCGUGCACUCUGGGGAUCAACAACAUAACAGGGAAAAUGCGAUGCCGGUAUUAACGCCACACCAUGCGCCGACCGAGGAAUAUAGAGGAGGUGAGGCGGCUCCCACACUUCUACGUCCUGUCGCUACUUAUCCGAAGCAACCUCAACUUCCUCAAGAGCCAAUUCAUCCGCUUAAGCGUUUUAAGAUGCAACAUGCGUCGGGACAGUUUGACUACCUGAUCAGUAAAUUUCCUGGCCCGGAUGCAUCUGACGAUCAGAUCAACAGUCAUGGGACACAUCCGGGCCUCACUCACGGACAUCAACAUACGGGGCAUUUCCAGCAUGCGUUCAAGACGGCCGUAAGUCGAUCCGACUACACUGAACUCUCUGAGACCCAGAUCUCCGACUCGUCACUCCACAUUAAAGAGGAGCCCGGAUUAGCAUCGCCAGGCAUCGAGUCUUCAACCUCGUACGAUUCAACGGGCAGUGAACUGUGCCGAGGCGGUUCACCGAGAUGUUUUAUUCCACAGUGCCCCACGAAUCGGUUGCCCCGACCUGAAACAUCGUCCAGCCAGAAAGCACCCACGUUGGCUAACCUGCUGGGCCAUACGCCAGCGCCACCAUGUAAACUUCCUGAAUUGGUCGGCUUCCCCGAUGACGUUCUCCUUCGUAUGGUCUGGUGUAUGAACGUCAAUCUGAGCAAUCCGGACGGCACCCUCAAGAUGGCAUCGAACGGGGACUUCCUCUGCGAGGCGCACUUCACUAGCGAACGCUUCGACUCAAAAGGAAAACUACGCAAGGACGCUGUACCGACAUUGUUCGGCGAACAGGCACGCAUCCGCGAAGUGUGCAGUGUCCUGCCCGCCGACCACCCUGAUCAGAUGGAUUGUAAGGUGACGACCUCGAAAGAGGUGAAACCUGUCAAGAAGACGAAAUCAUUUCGUUCUCGCGUAAAGAGCGCUAGCCUAGCUAGGAGACUUCGGCUGGCACAGCUAAACAUCGAACGGAUGCGCCUUCGCCGACGCGCCUUCCAGAGCAGGAUAAACCUGCUAAAGAAACUUGUGAGUGAGCACGUCGUUCGUAUCAAGCGACAACAGGACUCCACCUCUUCCUCUAGUAACGACAAGAACACCAAACCCGAUGAUGACGUUAACGAAAACAGUGUUUCCACCGCCAAGGAAGUUACGGCCUGCGAAAGCUGAUAGAUAUUGGGUCUUCUUAAUGGUUAACACAAGCUUCACAAUAUAUACACUGAGUAGCAAGUCUACCACCUUCCGUCCACACCUUUUGAAAUUUUUCCAGUUUGUUGUCAGAAGCUUUGAAGCUCUAUCGUUACUGUUGCGCAGUACCAGCUUAAUGCAUCAUGCGACUGUCUGAGAUGGUAAAUGUAUAUGGUGCACGUAUUGACCACUUUAAACAUAACAAAACGCGUCUAUGAGACAAUUGUGAUUUGAAAGGGCUAUUCGAGUGUGUUUGAUUGCCUGAGGUAAAUAAAGUGCACCUUAAAUACGCCAUAUUAUCAGUAUAUAUAUUCGUGUGAAUGCGAAAUGGUAGCAUACAAAAAUGAUACGGAGCAGAUUAGCAGUGACACUAUACUAAAUGCUCUUGAAAUAGCACUAAUAUAAUAAUUAUAAUAUGGUACUCAAUAAUGUUUAGUAUAAGUACAUAAAUUACUUUGUAAAGAGAAUGUACAAAAUGAACGAAAAUAGAUGACAAGUUGUGGAUUCCUUGAACGAAAAAUUUGGUUGAUUUUCAAAGCGAUCUAUCUCUAGGACAAAGACGCAAAUAUUCUAUCGAACCAAUCAUCAAGGGUACGAAGGAAUCGAGCCCUCCCCCCCCUCUCUCUCUCCCCCCGCCUCACAAUGGAAACAGAAUAAGGCAAAAAAAAAGUAACCCUAACUAACAGUACCACUACGAAUGAAUGAAAAAUUUCAGCGCUUUUGGCGUAUAUUUUAAUCCACUGCGUAAAUUUGAAUAGUUUAAUGACUGACUGUGCCAGCGAGCUACCUGGUAGGUCACUGGUACAUGUAAUAUUAAUUUACAAAAAAAAAAGAACAAUAUAUGUACGAAUGGCUUAAGCUUGGAGGCCAUAAUAUUUAAUAUAGUUUAUAUAACGACAAGUAGAAUAUCGUAUAAAUGCGCUGGCGCAGUUUGUUUGAUAUGGAACAGAUAAAUUAUAUAUUUACCUAAUUCAAAUCGUACACCACGGAGACAGGAGGUCGUGAAACGAUUGGAGAAAUUGAAAAUUAAAAUAACAUUACGUACCGAUGAAUCUCUCGAUGAAUUGUUACUAAGUUUACAUUUACACACAGAGACGUGUUCGCCCCGCCUCCUUAAGAUGUUAGAGUGCCGAUAAACUAACGCAACUAUAUGAUGAUACUACAUGUUUAUACAGCGCUACUAGAGAGUCCACUUGAUCCCGGGUAAAGUAUAGCUAACACUAAAGAAUAAUAUCGAAAAUUUUGUAAUUAAUUCGUUACGCUAGAACAUCAUGAGAGAUUGAUGUAUAGUGUUGUCGGUUAUCUAGCAGUAAAGCCGUCUGCAUAAUUUCAACGUGUGAGCUCUACUCGUCAAAUAAAAGCUGGACUCGGAAGUUUAUUCUUAUUAUAAUUUCGUGUGGUCGGUUUAUGGUGCGCCUCCGUCGUCAAAAGUCGAUGAACUAGUUUAAACAAACCUUGUUUCUUUAUUGCUCGCCAUUUUUGUUUUCCAUUCGACGUUAUCAACGUUUUCACAAUGAAUUCUCUUAACGUAUAUAUAUUUUUUUUUUUUUUUCCAGGUACUAGUUGCUUAGAUACCUAGCUUAUGAAGCGUGCGCAUAUAUCAUGAAAUUGUAACAUAUGCGCACAGGUCCUGUACGCAUGAAAGGAUUUGAGUGAAUUUCAUUUGGCCGUUGGCCUUUUUUAUUCAGUCAUUGACUUAUUUCCGUUUCCUUCAUCCAUUUUUAGUUGCAACAAUGACGCUGCUUUUUAUCUCUGUUCUAUUCAUUUUCCACUAUUUCUUUAUUUUUCAAUGCCUUGCCACUUUCUUUCUUGCUUACGCCCUGCUUAUCUAUAGUAAUUUGUUCAACGAUAGCCCACGGGGCAAUUGCGGUGCCAAAUACCUCUAGUAUUUCUUUGAUUCUUUCAUCCCUUUUCUGCUAUCUAGCUAAACUCUUCAGGACCUUUUUCUGAAUUAUGGCAAAACAGCAAACAGAGAAGUGAAGUAAACCAAUCAAAAGCUGAAAUAUGUUGUGGUUAUACAAUUAUACACUAAUUUCGACUUUUUUUUUCCUCUGUGCAACUGCACACGGCAGCGAAGACCUCCAACGUUUUGUCAUCACGUUUGCAAUAAAGAUCCCUAUUUUUAAACUGUUGAUUGUUAUACCGAUUAUUCUUGCCGAGUACCCGCUGACAGCCACAUUUUUAAGUACUAAAUGCAUCUGAAUUUAAAAAAUAUAUAAAUACCUAUAUUCUGCAUUAUAUAUAAAACAAUAAAAAUAAUAUUAGGUAGAGAAUGGCACUGGUGCUAUAUCCUA